AUGACCUAUAGGAUGUUCUCGCAGCUUUGUCGCGAGUAUGUCGCCAUCGUCUCUCUAGUCGUCUUAUUCGCUGUUUCAUUGAUUGCAACUCCAUGGUAUACCAUGGAGCAGAUCGUGAACAAGGAUGAAGAGGACAUUGGGGAGAGAUCUCGUCGAUGGCCGUGGAGAGUUGGUUGUUCCAAAUAUCCACUAGCUCAUCCAACACGGCCCGUUUCUGUCUGCACUCCAAGUUGCCACCCAGGUUACAGGAAGGAAAUGAAGGAGGGAGAACAAUUCUGCUGCUAUGGCUGCGUUCCUUGUCCAGAAGGAAAGAUAUCCAGUCUGAAGGACAUGGACGCGUGCAUCACUUGCAGAGAAGAUGAAUAUUCAAACAUAGGAAAAAAUCAAUGCUUUUCCAAAGACAUCACUUUCUUAUCUUACAAAGAACCACUGGGGAUCACUUUAGUGACUUUUGUCCUUUUCUUUUCUUUCAUCACUCUUUUGGUGCUAGCAAUCUUUAUAAAGCACCACAGCACCCCCAUUGUCAAAGCCAACAACAGGAACCUUACCUAUUCACUCCUGAUCUGCCUCCUCCUUUGCUUCCUUUGUGCUCUGCUCUUCAUUGGUCAACCGCAACGGGUGUCCUGUCUCCUCCAACAAACCAUUUUUGGCAUGGUCUUCUCAGUUGCCAUUUCUUGUGUGCUGGCAAAAACUAUUAUGGUGGUUUUGGCUUUCCUAAGCAUUCAGCCAGGAAGCAGUUUGAGGAGGUGGGUGGGGAGAAGAGUGGGCAAUUCAAUUGUGAUUUCCUGUUCCCUUUUCCAAGCAGUCCUUUGCUUUGUGUGGCUGAUCACUUCCGCUCCAUUUCCAGAUGUUGACAUGCACUCGGAAGCUAAAGCAGUUGUACUGCAGUGCAAUGUAGGGUCUGUCCCCAUGUUUUACUGUGUCCUGGGCUACAUGGGCUUCCUGGCCGUUGUUAGCUUUGUGGUGGCUUUCUUAGCUAGAAGAUUACCUGAUAGUUUUAAUGAAGCCAAAUUUAUCACUUUCAGUCUCUUGGUCAUUUGCAGUGUUUGGAUAUCCUUUGUUCCCACCUACCUGAGCACCAAGGGGAAAUACACUGUGGCUGUGGAGAUCUUCUCCAUCUUAGCCUCCAGCGCAGGCCUUCUGGGUUGUAUCUUUGCCCCCAAAUGUUUCAUUAUUAUGUUAAGGCCUGAUCUGAACAACAGGGAACAUCUGAUAAGAAGGAAUAGGUAA